AUGUUGGUCGAGCAAUCAUUUGAGGCCUUCUACGAUGAGUGGCUUGUGCGACAACAGAACAUGCUAGAACAGCUUCUGAGCGUGUCAGCCAUGCCCGAUUCUCCAACCAAAAUUGACCACCAGAAAAUGUUAAUCGAACAAGUCCUCUCUCAUUACCAGGAAUAUUUGGAAGAGAAAUCAAAGGUAGCUAACGUUGAUGUCUUCCUUCUUUUCUCGCCGACUUGGCUCUCUGCAUACGAGCGAGCUUUGCUUUGGAUUGGGGACUACAAGCCCUCCCUGAUUCUCCGCCUUGCAGACGGCGGCGUUGAGGGGUUAACGACGGAGCAGAAGCAGAUGAUAGAGCAAUUGACGAAUGAGACUAAGAGAGCGGAGAGAGAGGUGUCGGAGGCAAUGGCCGGCGUUCAAGAGAGCGUGGCGAAACCGCGCGUGGUGGGAUGCUCCGCGAUUGAAGGGCUCAAGAAGCCCCUGAUGGGUGUUUCCGAGAAAGCCGACAACCUGCGUGCCUCGACGAUGAGGAAAGUGGUUGGGAUCCUGAGCCCGUCCCAGACGGUGCAGUUUCUGUCGGCGGCGACACACUUUCAGCUGCGGGUGAAGGAGGUUCAGUAUGCAGCAGACGGACCAGUGGCGUUUGAAAUUGAAUGAGAGAGUGAAAAUCCCCAACAAAUGUCUCAUCUUACGCGUGCGUGCGUGCAUUUGGGUUUUUAACUUGGCUGCUGAAAACUGAAACUGGGAAUUUUUCACUAUUAGGAGCUUUUUUC